AUGCAGUUGGCAUCACCAGAAGAGAUACGACAAAGUCUCGAGAGACAUAAUGCGGCGUUUGAGACGCUUCUAAGACUCAUUCCGGCGAAGUACUAUAUCGUGAACGAGGAGCCAGAGCACGAAUCAAAGUAUCAGAAGCACAAGAACAAGAAGAACGCAAAGCAAGAGGCAAAAGAGGCCGCGAAAAAGGCUAGAAAGGCAAAGCUUGAUCCAGACAAUCAAAAAACGAUAGUAGAGCUGCAAGAAGAGGCGGCGAAGCAGCGAGCCGCUGACAGUCCACUGAAAGCGUCGAAGAAACGAAAACGGUCUGACGACACUGACGACGAUGAAGAUACUGGUGCCAUCUCGCUCCAGAAUGGAUUCGUAAAUCUUGGUGGAAAGGAUACCGACAUCUCGCGACCAGCCCUUCAACCAAUGGCUCCGAGCGGGAGCAUCUCCGAACUGCGAAGUAAGCUUCACGAUAAGAUUGCAUCGUUUAGGAAGGGUCGUGGUGUCGACGAGGAUGCAAUGGAAUCGAAAGAUGAGCUACUGGAAAGCAGACGGGAGCGUCGAGCGCAGCUAAGAGAGAAGCGGAGAAAGGAGACGAAAGAGAAGAAGAAGCUGGAAGCUGCGGCGAGAAUGUCGAAGAAGAAGAAAGAAGGUAACGCGACCAAGCCACAAUUACUUGUCGAGGAGAAACGAGACGAGAAAGAUGGCGAAAACGUCACCUCUGUCAAGUAUUCUGCACUUUCAAACGAUAAAACGCAGAGCAAGCUCUCGAAGAAGCUCCAAACGUCGUCGGAUCCCAAACAAGCGUUGGCCCAAUUAGCUGCACGAGAAGAGCGUCUGAAGAAUAUGCCCGAAGAAAAGCGGAAGAUGAUCGAGGAAAAGGACAAGUGGAGCAAGGCGGAAGCACGGAUGGAAGGUAUCAAAGUCAAGGACGAUGCAACACGGUUAAAGAAAGCAGUAAAGCGGGCAGAAAAGGAAAAGGUCAAAAGCAAAAAGGAGUGGGACGAGCGAAAGCGAAAUGUCGAGGCGGCGAUGGCAGCCAAGCAAAAAAAGCGGAGCGACAACAUUGCUAUGCGAAACGAGAGGAAGAAGGACAAGGGCAAAAAGGGCGGAAAGGCUCGACCAGGUUUCGAGGGCAAAUCGUUUGGGAAAAAGCCCAAAGGCCACUCAAAAAAGUAG